GUCACUGCUUCUAGGGGGUUCGAACCAUGACACUUGGCUCUUUGCUCUUAAACCCAGAGCAGCUUUACGGAAGAUCAAACUUUUUUGAGGACCCUGCCUGAGGAGAAUUCAGCUUUUCAUUCAAGAGUCAUGGCCAUGAGGAGCGAGGCUCGGGUGGAGGCAGAAGUGGCGGUGGAGGAGGAGGAGAACUUUGGGCCGCAGCCUCUUAGCAGACUGGAGCAGUGUGGAAUCAGCUCCAGCGACAUCAAGAAACUGGAGGACGCAGGCUUCCACACCAUUGAGGCCGUGGCGUACGCUCCCAAGAAGGAGCUGCUCAACAUCAAAGGCAUCAGCGAGGCCAAAGCCGACAAGAUCCUAACUGAAGCUGCCAAGCUAGUACCGAUGGGUUUCACUACAGCCACAGAGUUCCACCAGAGAAGGUCGGAGAUCAUCCAGAUCUCCACAGGAUCCAAAGAGCUGGACAAACUCCUGCAGGGUGGUAUUGAGACAGGCUCCAUCACAGAGAUGUUUGGGGAGUUUCGCACGGGGAAGACGCAGCUGUGCCACACCCUCGCUGUCACGUGUCAGCUGCCCAUCGAUCAAGGGGGAGGAGAAGGGAAAGCGAUGUACAUCGACACAGAGGGGACCUUCAGACCAGAGAGGCUCCUCGCUGUGGCAGAGAGGUACGGUCUGGUGGGCAGUGACGUCCUGGACAACGUGGCGUACGCCCGCGCCUUCAACACCGACCAUCAGACCCAACUGCUGUACCAAGCUUCAGCCAUGAUGGCAGAGUCCAGGUAUGCCCUGCUGAUCGUGGAUAGCGCCACUGCUCUGUACAGAACCGACUACUCGGGUCGAGGAGAGCUGUCGGCCCGGCAGGGGCACCUGGGCCGGUUCCUGCGCAUGCUGCUGCGACUGGCAGACGAGUUUGGCGUUGCCGUGGUGAUAACCAACCAGGUGGUUGCGCAAGUGGACGGGGCAGCCAUGUUUUCUGCGGAUCCUAAGAAACCCAUCGGAGGGAACAUCCUGGCGCACGCCUCCACCACACGGUUGUAUCUGAGGAAAGGUCGAGGGGAAACCCGGAUCUGCAAGAUCUACGACUCGCCUUGCCUGCCUGAGGCCGAGGCCAUGUUCGCCAUCAACGCCGACGGCGUGGGCGACGCCAAGGACUGAGCAGCAGGAGGAACGCCAUCAGCAUUUAGGGACCGUUUUCUGAUAAAUAGUUCUUCACUCAAAAGAAUUGUCUAUUAAAACACUUCAUCCAUCUGUA